AUGGACUGCUGUGCCAGUCCAGUGCUGUCUGACCAGUUUGUCGAAGGUGUGCAGCCUGCGUCUGGUGUCCAGUUGCGGUUGGUGAGAGCAAAAGGCCGGCUGGGGGUGUGGGAGCUGGCACGGCAGUUGGCCGAGGCACCACUGGCCACGUUGCAUUCUCAGGAGAAGAGGGUUGGCUCACCAGUGGACGAACUUCAGACCAAGGUAGGCCACCUAGCUUGCAGCCAUCAAGACGGAAUCGCGGUGACACGCUCGAACAAGCGUGUGCUUCAAGUAUGGGUUGAUAAAAAAACGGAAUUCGCAACGGUUCUGGACGAUUUGCCGAGCGUGCAUCGCGAAUGUUCUGGUGAUCUCGAAUGA